AUGCCGGCCAAGAGGAAGCCGGUGCUGCCCGCCCUCAACAUCGCCCCAGCGCCGCCGAGGGGCCCAGCCCCGACGGCUCCGCAGAAGGCGAACCUGGUGGACCUGCAGAAGAAGCUGGAGGAGCUGGAGCUGGAUGAGCAGCAGAAGAAGAGGCUGGAAGCUUUCCUCACCCAGAAAGCCAAAGUGGGAGAGCUCAAGGACGAUGACUUCGAGAGGAUCUCCGAGCUGGGGGCCGGGAACGGCGGCGUGGUCACCAAAGUGCAGCACAAACCCUCAGGGCUCAUCAUGGCACGGAAGCUGAUUCACCUGGAAAUCAAGCCAGCCAUCAGGAACCAGAUCAUCAGGGAGCUGCAGGUGCUGCACGAGUGCAACUCCCCCUACAUCGUGGGGUUCUACGGAGCCUUCUACAGCGACGGGGAGAUCUCCAUCUGCAUGGAGCACAUGGAUGGUGGCUCUUUGGAUCAAGUGCUGAAAGAAGCCAAAAGAAUUCCCGAGGAAAUCCUGGGCAAAGUCAGCAUAGCGGUUUUACGAGGCUUGGCCUAUCUGCGGGAGAAGCACCAAAUCAUGCACAGAGAUGUGAAGCCUUCCAACAUCCUGGUGAAUUCCCGAGGGGAGAUCAAGCUGUGUGAUUUCGGGGUCAGCGGGCAGCUCAUCGACUCCAUGGCCAACUCCUUUGUGGGAACUCGGUCCUACAUGUCCCCCGAGCGCUUGCAGGGCACUCACUACUCGGUGCAGUCGGACAUCUGGAGCAUGGGGCUGUCCCUGGUGGAGCUGUCGAUCGGAAGGUACCCAAUCCCCCCGCCAGACUCCAAGGAACUGGAAGCAAUAUUUGGCCGUCCCGUGGUGGACGGGGCGGAGGGAGAGUCCCACAGCAUCUCGCCGCGGGCCAGGCCCCCAGGACGCCCCGUCAGUGGCCACGGGAUGGACAGCCGGCCUGCCAUGGCCAUCUUUGAACUGCUGGAUUAUAUAGUUAAUGAGCCACCUCCCAAGCUGCCAAGUGGAGUUUUCACGCAAGAUUUCCAGGAGUUUGUAAAUAAAUGCUUAAUUAAAAACCCAGCAGAACGGGCAGAUCUGAAGAUGCUGAUGAGUCACACCUUCAUCAAGCGCUCCGAGGUGGAGGAGGUGGAUUUCGCGGGCUGGCUGUGCCGAACGCUGCGGCUGAACCAGCCCAGCACCCCCACCCGCGCUGCCAUGUGAGCCCCGCUGGCACUGCAGCUGCCUCCUGGCACCGUCUCCUCUCCUCCCUCGGCCACAGAACUGCCCUCCUUCCUCCUUCCCAGCUCUCCCCCACCCCCCGAGUCCCAGCGCCAAAGCACCGACCCCCCCUCGGCGGCGUCUCCAUCGCCCCCUCCCCGACCGAGAGCGGGGUUGGUUCCUUUUGAUGUGUCUGUAUAAGGGGGUGAGGGGGUGUUUUCCAGGCCUCUGCUCCGGCUCUGGAGCUCCUGACACUUGGGAAUUGUGGUGCUGCUUGUGUUGAUUUAUUUUUUUGGUUUGUUGGGGUUUUUUUGUUUUUUUUCCUUUAUUUGUUGGGUUGUUUUUUUAAUUUUGGAAUCGUGUUCGUUUGGAAACAAGAAGGUAACGGUGGUGGGGGGAGGGGGUGAAUGUGGGUGCUGUGGGAGGAGGUGGCAGGGGAUGGGGGUGAUGCUUCACCUCCUCCCUGCUUUUCACUCCGAGGUGGAGAAUCAGCAGGAUCAGGAAAGGAGAAACCCUAUUUGGGGUUACCCAAAACAGUGUCACUGCCCUGCCUGGGGACAAGGCGCAGGCAGGGGGGUGGGGGUCACCUGGGGGGUGAUUUAUAGAGGGAGACCCCACACUGGGCUCCUCCUGCCCCUCAGAACAAAGAUUUCUGCUUUUUUUUUUUUUUUUUUUUUGGGUUUUUCUUUUUUUUUUUUUUUGUUUCCUUUUCCUUUCCUGGUUUUUUUUUUCGUUUGAAACGGUUGUUUCCAAGCCUGGUCGGUCUCGUCACGCGCUGGAUGUUCAGGGAAGGGGCUGGAUCCGUCGGGGCCGAGCUCAGUCGGAGGGAAUCAGGUGGGAACUGGGGGUGGGCGAAUCCCCACAGAGCUGUGGCUCCCACUUUUCAGUGUCAAGAUGAGGGGAGAGCGUGGAUUUUUCCUUCCCUGGCUCCUUCCAGCCCGGAGAGGUGGGAGCAGAGAGAGCCUGGUUGUUCACCGUGGCCGUGCCCAGGAUUUGGGGUCCCUCUCCCGCCAUUCCCAGGGCACAGGGAAGGGGGAGACCACCUCAGGCUGCAGGUUUUCCUCUGCUCCAGCUGCCUCUUCCCCCAUCCCCCAGGUGGCCUCAUCCACUGUGGAUGUGGCAGAGCUCCAGGAUUCCCUGUCGGAGCCCCCCCUGGAGCCCCCUGGGCCAGUGCGGGGAUGAACCCACCCAGCCAGACCUACAUUAUCCCAAAUCCACGGGGUUUUCCAAAGGGCUGGAUGGUCUCUCCCAUCGUGCACGGACCUUGCAGACCCUCAGGACCCCACAGCUGAGCCCCCACCCCCCCUCAUUUCCCUGUGUAUGUAUUUUGGGGUGACUCCCCUGCUCCCCCCACCCAGGGCUCUGCGACCCCUGAGGAUUUGGGAAGCUCGGUGGGAUUUUUUGGGAGCGUUUUCCUUCCUUUUUUUUUUGGCUGUUUUUUCACCCAGUCAGGCUGGCAGGUGCCAAUCCCCUCUGCCUGUGCUCGGGUGCCACCAUGGCAGCCCCUCCCUCCCCCCCAAAAUGAAGUGCCAGGGCUUGGUAACCCCAAACCCUUCGUGUACCUUUUCCUUCCCUAUUUUCCAGCACUGGAUGAAGGCACUGCCCUGCUCAGGGCAAACCUGGGGGGCAACUGUGUCCCCCCCGAAUUUUGGGGGGGAAUACCCCAGAUUUGGGGAGGGAAACCCCAGGUUUUUUUGCAGGGGGGGACACCCCAGAUUUGGGGGGGUUCUGUGCUUGCUGGCUCAGCUCAUGCCCGGACAAGUCACUCCAGGGUGCUCAAUGGGAUGGAUUUUUUGCCUCUUAUUUUCUGUGGGAAGUGGGGAAGGGGACAGUUCCUAAAGAUCUGGGCUAUUUUCCAUAGGUUUUGGUGCUGGGUUUUUUGGAGGAGGAAGAGGAGGAAAAGGAGGAGGAGAGUUUGGAUCGAGCGGUUUGUUGGUGCAAUUAAUUUUUUUUUUUUAAACUCGAUAUUUUCA